AUGCCCUCCUUCAUCGCGACAUCCGAUCGGGCAAAAGUAACCUCGAGAAAAAGACUCGGUAAAGAGAAGAGAAGGUCCGGGAGAAGGAGAGAAGUGCCGGAGCGGAGCGCCCGGAAGAGGUCGAAGACCCGAAGAGCGCCAAAGACCGUGGACUCUGCCCGAGAUGAGCAGAGCACAGAAGGGCCGGACUCGAACCUCCUCGACCGCCCUGCAAGAGCGAGGCCGGUUCACCGCUCAGGAGGGAACGAGAAGAACCUCAGAAGGUGGCCUGCCAGGUCCUCCGGAGAACGGAUUGUCUCCUCUACUGAGAGCAAUCAUCCGCCAUCGAGUGGAUCUCAGGAUCUCCUUGGAGGUCCUCUACAGAACACCAAACCCUCUGUGGUACAAGUUGAAUCCAGGCUUCUAUCUUCAGAGGAUUAG